AUGCGUUGUCAUAAUUGUGGAUCAGAUAAAACAGAAUCCGAUGCUUCUUCUGGAACAAGUUACUGUGUAAACUGUGGUACAGUACUUGAAGAAAAUCAAAUCGUAUCCGAGGUUUCAUUUGGUGAAACCGCUGGUGGUAAAGCUGUUCUCCAAGGUUCUUAUGCAGGCGAAUCAGGUCGUGUUAGAAUUUCCAGUUUAGCCCAUGCCGUUCAUUUACCAGAACGUUAUCGAGAUGCAGCUCAACGAUAUUAUAAUUUGGCAGUUGUCAAUCGAUUUACCCGUGGUCGUCGCAGUGACCAUGUUGCAGCCGUCAAUGUGUUCAAAUUAGGUGCCACCUUUUUAAAACUAUGCAGAAUCUUAAACUUGACCUUGCCUCAUGUUGACCCCUCUCUCUAUAUCUCAAGAUUUGCAGUAGCUUUAGAUUUCGGUGAUUAUACCCAACGUGUCGCCCAAGAUGCUGUACGUAUUGCACAACGUAUGGAUCGUGAUUGGAUUACUAGUGGUCGUCGUCCUGCUGGUAUCUGUGGUGCUUGUUUACUUAUUGCAGCUCGUAUGAACGGCUUUCGUAGAACAACGCGUGAAAUGAUUUAUGUGGUUAAAGUUGCUGAUAUUACCAUCCAAAAGAGAUUGCACGAAUUCAAUCAAACAGAAUCCGCUCAAUUAUCAGUACGCGAUUUUAGAACAAUUUGGCUAGAGAAACGUGCAGAUCCGCCUUCCUUUCAAAAGAACCGAAAAGUGCAUGAAAACGAGGAAAAUUCCAAUACAGAAGAAGAACUGAUUAAGAAGCAAAUCGAAGACUCUUUGAACGAUGAAAUUAGACAACUUGCUGAGGUAGAUGCAUCUUUAACCGCUGAGGCAACCCUGAAACCCAAAGAAGACGAUAUGGAAUCAACUCAGGUCGGUACACAAGUCACCCAUUUGGACCCUACACAACCCUCAGAUGAAUUCAGCUCUACACUUGUUGACGAUGACAAUGAAGAACUAGGCUCGACCCUCGUAAAUGAAAGUCAGUCCGAUUAUAUACCCAUUAAAGAUCCGUAUUACGAGUCACUUCCCGCUGACGAAAAAGCUGCGUUGACCGCCUUAGCAAAAGCCAAAGUUGCCAAGGAAGUUAAUGACCUGCUAAACCCUGAACUUCAAGAAGAUGCUAAAGCUAUUGCUGAUGAUAUGGAAGCUUGGCUGGAGGAAGAGGAGGAGGAGGAGGAAGAGGAUGAUGGAAACUUAUCCGAGGUAGAUGAUGAAGAGAUCGAUGCCAUGAUUUUAACAGAAAAUGAAGUUGCACUGAAAACAAAAAUCUGGUAUAAUGCGAACAAGGAAUAUUUAGAAGAAAUGGCUGUGCGUCGAUUAGUAGAGAAAGAUAGGGGGGGUCAUUCAAGAAGAGGUAGAGGAAUAAAAAAGAAGAAGACUACUCAACCCUCCACACCUGCUGAAGCAGCAAAACAACUGUUACUAAGCAAAAAGCUAUCGAAAAAAAUCAACCAAGCAGUAUUUGACGAUAUGUUUGAAUCGGCUGAAUCCAUUGCUAAAAUCAAGCAGAGAGAUGCUAUUUUAAGAAUGGGCAAUAAUGUCACACUUCCCUUGCCUAGUGCACCGGAAUAUGAGGUGGUGGAAGAACCUGGAGAUAUUCCCGAUCCUAAAGCAAAGAAAACUGACGAUUCGACAGAAGAGACCGCAGAUUCUGCUAAUGCUGCACCUGUUGUUGAAGAAGAUGAAGAUGACGAAGACAUGGAUUCUGAUGAUAUGGCCGAUGAUGAGCGCUUGAUGCGUGAUGCUCGUGCUAAAUACGCAUUUGAUGAAGAUGACGAUGCCCAGGAAUACCUCAGUGAUGACGGCUAUUAA